AGCUCUCUCACACACACCUCCACCACUCCCCCUCCUUAAAAAAGGACUGUGAGCAACAAAGAUAAGCUUCUCAACAAAAUCAAUUUAAACCCAAGAAAAAAAAAAAGAAAAAAAACCCAAAGCCAUGGCUCAAACAAUGUUGCUCAUGUCUAGCAGUGUGUCUUCAAGCCAUGUGGUGGAUUUGAAGUCCUCAGACCCUUUACUUCAAUUACAAGUGCAAAGACUUAGGCCCAAGUCUUUCUCUCAACUUGUGUUCAGACCACUUCCUUCAUCCUCUUCCUUUGCCUCCUCAUCAUCUCCUGCCAUUCCUACCAUCGUCGCGCUCUUCAAGUCAAAAACCAAAGCCCCUGUCAAGAAGGCACCAGCGCCGAAGCCGAAGGUUGAAGAUGGUAUCUUUGGAACCUCUGGAGGCAUUGGUUUCACAAAGCAGAAUGAGCUCUUUGUGGGUCGGGUUGCCAUGAUUGGCUUUGCUGCAUCAUUGUUGGGAGAAGCAAUUACAGGGAAAGGAAUUCUUGCACAACUGAAUCUGGAAACUGGAGUUCCGAUCUAUGAAGCCGAACCUCUCCUUCUCUUCUUCAUCCUUUUUACCCUGCUUGGAGCCAUUGGAGCCCUAGGUGACCGUGGUAGCUUCGUUGAUGACCCGCCCGCUGGAAUUGAAAGGGCAGUCAUCCCUCCAGGCAAAGGAUUUAGAUCAGCCUUAGGUCUCAAGGAAGGAGGUCCUCUAUUUGGAUUCACAAAGGCAAAUGAGCUAUUUGUAGGAAGAUUGGCACAAUUGGGAUUUGCAUUCUCUCUAAUAGGAGAAAUCAUCACAGGGAAGGGAGCUCUAGCACAGUUAAACAUUGAGACUGGGGUCCCCAUUAAUGAAAUUGAACCGCUUGUGUUGCUCAAUGUUGUCUUCUUCUUCAUUGCUGCUUUGAAUCCUGGGACUGGUAAAUUUGUCACAGAUGAGGGUGAGGAAGAAUAGAGGCUUGUGAAGCUCACAAAAAACAACUUAUUUCAAUCAUGUAUGAGAUAAUACUCUCUCUUCCUUCUCUAAUUUUCAUGUCAUGAAUUUUUUUUAUUUAGUUUAUAGCUUUUCA